AUGGAUACACACCCGGAGCUCUCAUCUAGUGGCCCAGACCCCAACCACAAGUUGGACAUAACGGUUCAGGAGGAGCCACAAACCCCAUCAUCCAGCACUACCCUCUAUUUUGGUGACCCCAGCUGGAUUAUUCACUUUCAAGACAAGAAAGACGACUCCCAGCCUACCGACUAUAGCGCUCGCCAGUGGGGCACUGCUACAAAAAUCCUAAUCUCCAUCGUUGCAAUUGCCUCGUUCUUUGUGGUCACCCUGGCAAAUUCGAUCUACAUUGCUGCCAUUCCGGGCGUUAGAGCGGAGUUCCAGAUUGGAUCUACCUUGGCUAUAUCGCCCGUUACCCUAUACGCUAUGGGGUUUACGAUUGGUCCUCUCCUCUCGUCGGCUUUGUCAGAGGAGUUUGGGAGACAGUGGGCUAUUAAAUGCUCUCUGCUCCUUCACCUGGUCUUCACUAUCCUCGGUGCCACAGCGCGAAACUUUCGCACUCUGGCCGUUGCCCGUGCCCUGUCAGGCAUUUUGGGCUCUCCAUUGGUGACCAUAUUUGUGGGAGUCCUGAACGAUAUAUGGAAGAUGCCUGAAGAUCGGCUGGCAGUCCCUGUAUUCCUGCUCUAUGGACUCGGAGGUAUCGCUGCUCCAACAGUCGGGCCUAUCAUUGGACAGUCCGUUGUGGAAGCCGGCGGAUGGCGGUGGUCCUUUUGGCUGAUAGCCACACUGAUUGGUGUCUGCUUUCUCGCAGCCCUUCCUAUCGCAGAAACCUACGAACGAGAGGUGCGGAGGAAGGCGCUCAAUCUCCCUCGUCGUGACUGGCGCAAGGUCAUAGGUCCUGCCGUUCUACGACCUCUCGAUAUGCUCUGGAAGGAACGUAUCAUAUUCCCCACCACUUCUGUUACUAUUGCGGGCCAAGUCGUGCUUUUCGUUCUCUACGAAUCGUUCCCGAACAUGCUGAACGAGGUGUAUGGAUUCUCCCCGUACCAGACGGGGUUGGCCUUCUUAGCCCAACUGGCCGCAGGCUUUGUGGCAUUCCCACUGUUAGCCUUUAUCGAGAGGAAAAGACAAGCCACCGUGGAAAAAGACCCGGAAUUUAUUCUCGUCGGCGGCAAGUUAGCGGGUGCCGCGAUGUGGGGUUCUCUCUUCACGUAA